AUCUCGCCUUCGUCCAUCUCUGGGACUUCUCAUAUCAGAUAUCUUUCUGAUCCAAGCGCUCCGGUUAUACAUAAUUUCCCCUUACAAGGGUCAAGCUUCCGUACGUUAAGCUUUGGUCGACUCGGAGGGAGAAGAGGUUUGGAAAAGUUUUCUUGCCCCGAACAGACACGGAGACAUGAUCACGAUGCUAACAAUGCGCCACCCGUAACACACCUCUACCACGCGUUCAACGUUCAACGUCAACACGCAAUAAAUAUAAAUAUCCUCUUGACACUAGCACGUUCGACUUGCAAAUCUCUGUCUCCUUGAUGAUAUCUAGGAUGGUUUUCUUCCUCAUUAUUCCAUUCGCAUCGUAUUUUCAAGCAAUCCUUGUCUCGAGGCAUUGAAUCUCGAUAUUCCCCAACUCAACGAUCACUGUGGCCCUUACCACGACCUACACGUGUAACUACUAAGACCGACAUCGUGUUCGUCUGCCCAUGAUAACCGAAGGCAAAGGGGUUGGGGUUAUUGAUCCUCGAGGCAUGGAAUACCCCACUCGUCUUUUCCAAAACCCCCAAGGUCUACCCUCACCGCACCCUCACCACACCCCCUUUCCAGGAGAAAACACCGAAUGUUUCCUGUCGUCUCUGAAUUUACCUUUGUAGUCUGCGGAAUGGCCUCAUUCGCUGCUACGGUUGGAUAUGUGUGCUCAAAGAGGAUAGUGGGUGGAAGCUCCGACUCUCUUUCUUCCAAUAGCAUUGACAUCGAGUCGGUCCCUAUCGGCUCCGGAAAUGUAAUCAAGGAAAAUGCUGCUUCAGAGCUACUUGAAAACGCCCGUCAAUCCAAGGACGCCCUACGACUGGACGCCGAUCAAGUAUUUCCCCAAGUUUGCGAAACCAAACGUUCAUCACUGAAGCGCAAGGCAACUCACGAUGAAGAAUAUCUGAAUAGUCUCGGAUACCCCUACAAUUUGGCUGCGAUAUACCCUAAUAAGCGGAGCAGGACUCCAACUCGGGAGAGGGAAAAUGAGAUCCCUCUAUGUUCACCUAUACCGGUGAAACUGGAGGAUAACAUUGCACCGAACAGACAGAGUGUCAGCGCUGAACCGAUCGAACGGUUGACCGAAGAGAGUACUGCGGCUUCAUCUCCGAUAGUGACCGCAGUGGCUGAGUGUUCAGCUGCUCCUGGUGGCGAGAGUAGCGAGAAUGCUCCCGAUCUUACUAGUCCUUCCACGUCAGAGACCACCAGAGAAAAUGGGAAAACCUUAUCGAGCAUUGAAGUACCCUCAUCUAAACCAACUUUUCCUCAAGGACCUCCUCCAACCGUACACCAGAAGCCUGCUAUGAGUUUUACCUCACCAUCCUCCGGUGGUUUUGCGUCUUUCGCGAGGUCAUCUACGUUCAAGAGUAUGAAUAUGAAUAUAAACUCGACAGCGGGACCCCCCGAUCGUCCUGUAUGGGCCAGUUGCAGCACGAAAGAGGCAACGCCUCUGGGCCUUCUCGUGGAUACUGUGACACCUGCACCCCUGGAAGCCAGUACUAAACCCAAAACCCAACAUCCAACACCGGAUUAUACUCAUGUUACAGGAGAAGAAAACGAAGCCAUACUAUCCGAAGCUCGAGGAGUCAAACUCUUCAUUAAACGCGGGUCGAAAGAGUUUAGCGAUUCGAUUUUUGGACAUGUCAAGCUUCUCUCGAGUGGUGAUAAGACGAGGCUGGUCUUCCGCCGAGAACCAUUACGACAAGUGACCAUGAACACUUGGCUAUCGUCUCCUUCUGUACGGUGUACGCGCGAUGAGGAGAAUGUGCUUAGAGUGAUAGGAUUGGAAGGAUCUGAGAUUGUGGUUUAUGCGUUAAAGCCCGGAAGAGGAUGUACGAAGCAGGACUUCAAUAAGUUUGCUCUCUAUGUUUUAGAGCGCAACGAGGGGAACGGGCUCUAGAUGGAAGGUUGAGAGAGCGCGAAUGAGUGAUAUUGGUUGUGUUGGUUGAUGUGUAUCUAUACAUGAAUCAGAAUCCUAUCAUAUGUACUUGAAUGCCGAGUGAUGGGACAACAGAGCUGGAGGGAAAGCUGCACAGACGUUCAAAACGGAUAGCGAUCUUCCACUACCACAGCAUUCGACUCCUGAGUAUCUAAGGUAUCAUCUUCCUUGGCCUCAGGAUCAACCAACUUGCCAUCAACCACCACCAU